AAACCUUAACUAACUCAUCAUUUCAGAAUGUGGUUGUGGUAUGCGAUACCAUGGUAUCUGCAGCUCUUCAUCUUCGCUUUCAUCGCCUACUCCAUCCACUACUACGUGUUCUCGGUACGUAAGCCUAUGACGUACAUUGCACACGGCACCUUCAGAUCCCACCUCCUAUCGCAGGUACCGUCCCUGUACCGGCACUACUUCCCCACACCCUGGUGUACCGGUACUCACAGCAUGACUCUCAUGAGGUUCUUCCUUAAGUCUAGACCACAUGUUGAGUACAGAAGAGAGUUGAUUAAACUGACUGAUGGUGGGACUGCUGCGUUGGAUUGGCCUGUUGUGGAACCAGAGCCCUACUCGGACACUCUCCCCAUUUGUUUGUUAAUACCAGGAGUAGCUGGCCACAGCCAAGAGAGUUAUCUCCUUAAUUGGGUAACUGAUUUGCGGGCUAUUGGUUUGAGAUCUGUUGUAUUUCUGAACCGUGGUGCGGGUGGAUGUCCCCUGGAUACACCCAUGACAUAUGAUGGGUUCCAUAACAAGGAGGAUCUCAGAUUAGCGAUCUGCAAGAUAAAAGAGAAGUACCCACAAGCUCCAAUAAUAGCAGGAGGUACCAGCAUGGGUGGCAUCACCCUGGUACACUACCUGGCUACUUACGGCUUCGAAGCUAAGGUCACCGCUGCCAUGGUACAGAGCACAGGAUGGUGCAUAUUUGAGAGUGUCAAGAGUUUGAGUAAACCUUCCAACAUGAUCUUUAAUCUGUACCUGACACACAGGUACAAGGAAGUCAUUGUAGAGAACAAGGAGAUGUUUGAAAAAGAUGGGGUAGACACGGAGGAAGUGCUGAAGUGCAGAACAGUACAGGAGAUACACAAGAAGUAUGUGGCGCCCCAACACGGGUAUAGCACGGUGGAGGAGUAUUGGGAUAUGUUGUCUCCCCACAGACAGCUCCUUCAUGUUAAGAUACCUUUACUCUCGCUUAACGCUGCUGAUGAUGUCUUCUCUCCAGAGAAAUCCAUCCCCGUUCAUCUGACGGAAACGAACCCGAACAUUGCGUUUGUAGUGACCGCUAAAGGUGGUCACAUAGGUUUUAUGGAGGGUGUCAAUCCGAGACAGGCAGGUUACAACGACACAUUGUUCUAUGAGUAUGUUCAGAUGAUCAGGAAGUUGUAUGAUAGUGGAGAGUUGUCCCUGGAUGGGGGCUGGUCAGGUGAGGGUAGUGACCAUGAGGAGGCAGACAAGGCGCGUCAAUAUCCUGUGUGGCCUCAAAAAUGAGGGUCUCAAUAUUGAUCGCUAUCUACUAGGUCAAUUUGGGUUCGGUAUUGAUAGGGUUGAAAGAGAACACCCUAUUUAUUUGAAUUGUUUAGUGGUCACCGGUCACGCAUGUUUUGAUAUGAGUGUUUGCAAUUAUUUAAUUUCUUCAAGUUCUAGUAUUUCAAAAAAAUUAACUUGAAGUGUUAUGCAGUUGAAUUAAUUUUUAAAUAUUUCGUAAUAAAAUGUUCUGUGAUGUUAGUUACUAAACUCACACACAGUUGUUAUCUUGAGAACAUUCUUACCGUUAUUAAUGUAAACCCAGGUCAGCAUAAAAAUUCAUUCCAAAAGUGGACAUGUGGAUUUAUAACUUAAACAAUCACAUACAAGAUAGGUACUCCGUAACUAUUUGUAUCAUUAUGCCAUUUAUGGCAGUGAAGUAAUUUACCGAACCUGUUAGAGAUAUUUAUAACACUAUAGCUGUAGUGUUUGGGACUAAACUUUAGCAUCAGAACUAGCUUAUAAUCUUAGAAUAGCGUUUAUUCUUCAUUCAGACCGAUUCAUAUUAUUUAGUUAAUAUUUGUAUGGGCGAUUUUUAGUUCCGCAGCGAAGUUAGGUGUUUUUAAUCAGAAUGGAAACAAAAUCAUCAUGUGUACAGUGCAUGUGGUAUUCUUUAAGUCUAUUUUAUCGAAAUUCAUAUUUCAAGCAAUAAUUAUCAGUAUUAUAACCCGUAAUAUCUUAAUAUUUCUAUUUGUUAACCGUUUUUGUGUAUAGCUUUCUUCUGUCUUUGUUCUUUUGUUAUGUUCUAAAUUCUGCUAGU